GCGCCAGUCCGUGUUGGUAUAAAUGCAAUACUGGACUUUCGGCUAAGUCUCUUCGAAAGGUCCGAGCUGUAAACUGGCUUUGCCUUCCCGCAAGCAUGACAGAUCAGGCAUUUGUUACCUUGGCGACCACCGACAGCUAUGCCAAGGGAGUGAUGGUGUUGGGGAAGUCCCUGAGAAACCAUAACACAUCCCGAAAGUUGGUGGCACUCAUCGGACCACACGUGUCAGAAACGUCCAGGGCUGUCCUUCAUAAGCUCUAUGACGAGGUCAGGUUGGUGGACGUGCUGGACAGUGGAGACACAGCCCACCUUGCACUGAUGAAGCGUCCGGACCUGGGGGUGACCUUCACCAAGCUGCACUGCUGGAGCCUCACACACUACUCCAAGUGUGUGUUCAUGGACGCAGACACUCUGGUGCUGGCCAAUGUGGAUGAGCUGUUUGACAGAGAGGAGCUCUCUGCAGCUCCAGACCCCGGCUGGCCCGACUGCUUCAACUCGGGAGUGUUUGUGUUCAGGCCCUCCGAAGACACCUACAGCAAACUGCUGCAAUACUGCACGGAACAUGGCAGCUUUGACGGAGGGGAUCAGGGAGUGCUCAACAGCUUCUUCCGUGGCUGGGCAACAGAAGACAUCGGAAAACACCUCCCUUUUAUCUACAACAUGAGCAGCAUAGCGCUCUACACGUACCUUCCUGCGUUUAAACAGUAUGGUUCAAAUGCCAAGGUGGUGCACUUCCUGGGGAAGACCAAACCCUGGAGCUACACGUACGACCCCAAGAAGAGGGCGCUGAAGGGCAGCGUGGAGGAGGCCUCCUCCCACCCCAGUUUCCUCCUGGAGUGGUGGAGCAUCUACAGCAGCUGUGUGGUGCCAAUGCUGCACCACGAGCACGGAGACCAGCCCUUCUACUCCGGCUGCGCCGGCAGCUCCGGCUGCGAUGAGGAGACGCUGCCGCCGCUCGUCCCGGCUGCUCUCCCUGCGCCUCCGCUCUCCUCGGCAGAGCGAAAACAGCGCUGGGAGCAAGGCCAGGCCGACUACAUGGGAAUAGACGCUUUUGCCAACAUCGAAAAAAAGCUCACCGCUUUCCUUAAGUAAGGACUGGAGGGAGUGCUGAAGGUGUUAUGGGGGUUUACAGAGUGAGAGGUUUGAAGCGUGCGCAGAAAUAAUCGCUGCAUUGAGGUUGUGAGUGAGUUUCCCUUUAGCUAUGCAAAACUGUCACUGCACAGUGUAACAAACACCCCACCCCAAACUCUCAGAUUGUUCAUACGCUGUCAAACUGGCCUUCACUAUGAACCAACACUCCUUACCAAAAAAAAAAAAAAUGUAAUAAAAUAAGCAACAGGGCUCGCGCCGUGCUGCGUGCCCCGUCAUGCUGUGGCAGCACACAGGAAGCAUGCUUUUUAAAUAAAUAAAUAAAUAAAAAUGUUAACAACUUUUGCAUUUUUUGGUUGUCUGCUUGCCAGGUUUUGUUUUGUUUUUUCUGCUGAACCUAUUCGUUUACAGGCGGUGGUAACUGCCCAGUGUGACUGGACGCACGUACAGUAUUAGGAGACCUCAUGUCUCGUGACAGCCAACGCCUGUCCCGUCUGCUCGCGCAGUGUGAUAGUCUGAAGUGCACAUUUACGUCCCCCUAUCACCUUCUCAUGCACGUGCCGUGUCUGUGGUGCCGCUCCGUGUUCACGCGACCAACAGGUGCCCUACGCUAUUCUCAUUUAACAUCACUUUCUGUCUUACUUUUUUCACCUGUAAAAUAAAGUUUGUUGAAAUAAUUAAA